UCACUGUAUUCCCUUCUCGUAUUCUUUCUUUCUCCGAUGGUUCUCCGGAUCAGUUCUCCUACUAACACUGUUCAGAAAUGUUAUCGUGGCGAACGUUACCUGCGUUAUUGAGACGCGUUUCUAUUUUCACCAAUUUUCGUUUCAUACAUUUUGUAUGCAAUUCGUUUUUGUACAACAUCUACUGUUAGAGUCUCUGAUAAACCGGAAGUGACACAAUUGAAAAUUAGUGUUGUGUGCAUAAUUAACUAGAAAUUAGUUCCAUAGUUCCCUCUGUUUGUAUCAAAGCAAACGCAUUGGAAUUGAAUUUUGUUUUUGUCCUGCAAUUUAUAUAAGCCUUUCCUCCCAACUAUUAAAAUUAUUAUUAUUAUUAUUAUUAUUAUUAUUAUUAUUAUUAUCAUCGAAUAAUUUGCAAACAACUAUUAAGAACGAUGGUAAUUUCUUAGUCUAAGCUUUGGUGAAAGAAUGUUUUACAUCUUGAGAAAACUGGAUAAUUUUUCUCAUAUUUUAAUGUUGUGGAUUAAUCAAGCAGGCGCUUGUUACAGUUUUGUGUUCAGCUCAAAUUGUGAAAAGUAGAUUUUAUCUAUGCACAGAAAAUGUGGAAAAAUAACUGAGACGUUCUGCAAUAAUGGAUCGAAUGGCGCUAUGAAUGCAAUGGGAGACGUUUCUGCAAAGCCUGUCGAGGAUGAAAUUUCUUGUUCGUUGCCUAAUGGUUCGUCUGGAAAGGAUUUUGGCCAACGAACCUUAAAGUCUCUUAAAAAUGGAUUGGGCAAAUUAUGGAAGAGGCAUCGUGGAAAUGCAUUAAUUACAGAGUAUGAUCCAUGCUACAAAGUCGCCUACCUGGGCAAUGUCUUGACGGGAUGGGCGAAAGGAGAAGGCUGCGUCGAGAAGCCUGUUUCAACAUUAUGGCGUAAUUAUGUGAGCAACAGUAGACCUGACGUUUUAAUGAGGUUAACGGUAACAAAUGGUGGUUUGACAGCCACAACCAAAGAUCAUGGACUGACAGAAUAUUGGGCUCAUAGAGUUACUUAUUGCAUAGCGCCAGACUUUUAUCCUCGUCUCUUUGUCUGGGUAUAUCGUCAUGAAGGGCGCAAACUAAGACCAGAAUUAAGAUGUCAUGCUGUUUUAUGCUCUAAGGUGUCAACUGCUCGAAGGUUAGCAUCAACCUUAAAUACCAGACUACAACAGGCUCUGCUGGAAUUUCGAAGGGAUAAGGUCUCCAGACAAAAUGCGAGAUUAUCUCUGGCAAAUGCAGCAUACGAAAAUCCUUCUUUACCACGAAGAAAAAUUCUUCUAAGCACUGGAGGUCAAAAUUAUAGACCGCCUAUGGAAAGAUCGAAAAGUGCUCCAAAAUUGUUUUCCAUUGAGGAAGAUACAAUUGCUGAAGAAAUUGAACAAAAGCGUUUAAUAGAAGAGCUAAGAUCUCUUCAUACUGCAGCGCAAAGUUGGCAAGACCAAGAAAGAUGGCGACUGUCUAAAAUUUUAGAUGUUCUGAAUAAGGGAUCCUCUGAUGAAAGCGUCAGCAUAUCGAGCGGAUGUGAAACCUCAAGUACAAUUAAUAGUGAUGAAAGAGCUUAUAGUUUACAAAACUCCCAUAUACAUAAUGAAAAUGACUUGAAAAAUAAAAGAAAUGUUUUUAUGGGUAACGAUGUUCUUAGAAUAAAUGCAGCUGUACAUAGAAGAAACUCUGACGGUUCUCCAAAUUUUAUAACAUGUUCGAAUAGCCCAUCGUUUGAUAGAGAGUCCGAGAAUAGAAAAAGUUUUUACUCUAGGAGUGAGGGAGAAGAAUCAAUGGAAGAAGAAGAGGAGGAAGAAACAGAAAUUGCUCGACAAAAUUCUCAUGUCUUUGAAUUUGAAGAUGUUGAAGACUUUGAUGAGAUAGUUGACUACAGGCCUCGAGGAGAGAGCUCCAGACCUAUACAAAAUUUGCAGAAACCUAAACUUGGUGCAGAGAACUUCUCUGAAAGUAUAUAUAAAGAGAUUCGGGAUAGAGAAGAUAUGUUCUUUAUUUUAGAUGCUUUAGACGAAGAAGUUGAUAGUGAUGAAAGUGGUUAUGUUGAAGCUCCACCAAAAAUCAAAUAAUGAAAGUGCUAAUCACGAAUACAAGAAAUUAUCACAAGCGCGGGGAAAUAUCUACUUGCAAUACUCAAAUAACACAACAUUUGUCAACAAUAUUGCUUUAAUAUCUCAUGGAAUACUGCAAAUACGGUUCGGCUGUAUUGAGGCAAUAUUCGCAAUAUUAAUGCAGUAUUGCUGACAUAUAUUUUGAUAUUUGGGCAGUAAGAAACAUUUUUUUAAUAAAGAAUUUCACAGUCAAAUUAUCUCAAUGCUGUGCAAAAAUCAUAGCAUUAAUAAAUAAAUUAACAGAAAUUUCCAACAAUAACCGUUGUGGCUUUGAAGAUAUUUAGUACUCAAAAAAGUUCUAACACAUAUUUUUAUACUUGAUAGUUCAUUUUCAGGGGCAGCAACUAUAUAUGAAAGUUCAGUGGCAAUCAAUUAGCUGUAGCGAGAAAAUAAAAAAUGCAGGGAUGAAAACUUUUGGUUAAUGCAUGAUUUUUUCACGAAAAUGUUGUAUCCAAUCGUUUACACAAUUUAUUAUUGUUAUGACUAUGGAUAAAAAGAGACAUUUACUCUUCAUAGAAUUGUUUAUUUAUUUUUUAUUAGGGUUACGGAAAGUAAUGUUUCAUUUAAUUGUAAAUAAAGUAAACUGUUUUCUCCAUAAA